CCUCUGCAACCUCUGCCUCUCUCUCUCUUUGAUCUCUUACUCUUCGAAUCUCCUUUCUAUUUUCUUCCUUCGCCUCCAAUCGGCUUCGUAGAUCACAGAAAAAUGGCGGAGCAGGAGACGUUUGCUUUCCAAGCUGAGAUCAACCAGCUGUUGAGUCUUAUCAUCAACACUUUCUACAGCAACAAAGAGAUCUUUCUCCGUGAACUCAUCAGUAACUCUUCUGAUGCGCUAGACAAGAUCCGCUUUGAGAGUUUGACUGACAAGAGCAAGCUAGAUUCUCAACCUGAACUAUUCAUCCACAUUAUCCCCAACAAGACCAACAAUACCCUGACUAUCAUUGAUAGUGGUAUUGGUAUGACAAAGGCUGAUCUGGUGAACAACCUUGGUACAAUUGCUAGGUCAGGGACCAAGGAAUUUAUGGAGGCACUUGCUGCUGGUGCUGAUGUAAGCAUGAUUGGGCAAUUUGGUGUUGGUUUCUACUCGGCUUACUUGGUUGCUGAAAGGGUGGUUGUGACCACAAAGCACAAUGAUGAUGAACAAUAUGUUUGGGAAUCUCAAGCUGGUGGUUCAUUCACUGUUACAAGGGAUACAUCUGGUGAGAACCUUGGCAGGGGUACAAAAAUUACCCUCUUCCUCAAGGAGGAUCAGCUUGAAUACCUUGAAGAGCGAAGGCUUAAGGAUCUAGUUAAGAAGCAUUCUGAGUUCAUCAGCUACCCAAUCUCUCUGUGGGUUGAGAAGACCAUAGAAAAGGAAAUCUCUGAUGAUGAGGAUGAAGAGGAGAAGAAGGAUGAGGAAGGAAAGGUAGAGGAGGUUGAUGAAGAAAAGGAGAAGGAAGAAAAGAAAAAGAAGAAGAUCAAGGAAGUAUCUAAUGAGUGGUCAUUGGUAAAUAAGCAGAAGCCCAUAUGGAUGAGGAAGCCUGAGGAGAUCACAAAGGAAGAGUAUGCUGCUUUCUACAAGAGCCUGACUAAUGACUGGGAGGAGCAUUUGGCUGUGAAGCACUUCUCUGUUGAGGGUCAGCUGGAGUUCAAGGCUGUUCUUUUUGUUCCAAAGAGAGCUCCUUUUGACCUCUUUGACACCAAGAAGAAGCCCAACAACAUCAAGCUGUAUGUUCGCCGUGUGUUCAUCAUGGAUAACUGUGAAGAGUUGAUUCCUGAAUAUUUGAGCUUUGUGAAGGGUAUUGUGGAUUCUGAGGAUCUUCCCCUCAACAUCUCANACAUCUCCAGGGAGAUGUUGCAGCAGAACAAGAUCCUUAAAGUUAUUCGCAAGAACUUGGUAAAGAAGUGCAUUGAGCUAUUCUUUGAAAUUGCUGAAAACAAGGAAGAUUAUGACAAGUUCUACGAGGCCUUCUCAAAGAACCUCAAGCUUGGUAUCCAUGAGGAUUCACAGAACAGGUCUAAGUUUGCUGAACUGCUGAGGUACCACUCCACAAAGAGUGGUGAUGAGAUGACCAGCUUGAAGGACUAUGUAACAAGGAUGAAAGAAGGCCAGAAUGAUAUUUACUACAUUACUGGUGAGAGCAAGAAGGCUGUUGAGAACUCACCCUUCCUUGAGAAGCUGAAGAAGAAGGGCUAUGAGGUUCUUUACAUGGUUGAUGCUAUUGAUGAGUAUUCAGUUGGUCAAUUGAAGGAAUUUGAGGGUAAGAAACUUGUUUCUGCUACCAAGGAAGGCCUCAAGCUUGAUGAGAGUGAAGAUGAGAAGAAAAAGCACGAAGAACUAAAGGAAAAGUUCGAGGGUCUGUGCAAGGUGAUUAAGGAUGUUCUAGGUGACAAGGUUGAGAAGGUGGUCGUCUCUGACCGUGUUGUGGAUUCUCCUUGCUGCUUGGUUACUGGAGAGUAUGGCUGGACUGCCAACAUGGAGAGAAUUAUGAAGGCACAAGCUCUUAGGGACUCUAGCAUGGCUGGAUACAUGUCUAGCAAGAAGACCAUGGAGAUCAACCCUGAGAAUGCCAUCAUGGAAGAACNCCCCCCUCUCCCCUCCCCCUAG